GCGAAACUCGCAAACGCCCCAAACCAGACAAAAAUGAUCCUCACAAACUGCGCCGCCUGCGCCGCGCCACUGGCCCACAACGCGCCGCGAUGUGUUAGAUGUUGGACGAGAUAUUGUGAUGCAACUUGCCAGCAUGACCACUGGCGCCGCGGCCACAAGCAGAUGUGUAAGAAAAUACACCGCGGCGGCAACGCGGAGCAAUACUACGCCGACAAAAAAUAUAAAGAGUCGGUAGCGGUCGCGGCGGAGGCGUGCGCCGAGGACACCAAGGGCCAGACGUGCUACAUCUGCACGCAAGCCUUGCAUUGGAAGACAAAGGAGGGUCUCGUGCGCGGGUGCGCGUGCCGCGGGACGGCGGGCUUCGCACACGUGUCGUGCCUCGCGGAGCAGGCGAAGAUUUUGCUCGCGGAGGCCGAGGAGAACAAUUUGGACGUCAAGGUGCAGAGUGAGAGGUGGGUGCGAUGGUACAAGUGUAGCCUGUGUGAGCAACGGUACUACGGCGUCGUUUUGUGUGCGCUUGGGUGGGCGUGCUGGAAGACGUACGUGGAUCGGCCGGAGACGGACACGGCUCGGAGGAGUGCUAUGACGCAGCUUGGGAACGGUUUAUCCGAGGCAGGACAACACGAGGACGAGUUGACCGUGGGAGAGGCCGAGUUGUCUAUGGAGCGGCGCCUUGGCGCGCCAGAGGCACGAAUUCUCGACGUGCAGAACAAUCUUGCGACCACGUAUUCAAUGCUGGGACGGCGUGAAGAGGCCGUAAGCCUACAGCGCGACGUACACUCGGGAAAAAUAAGGCUCUUCGGCGGCUCGAGUAAAGAAGCUAUAAUAGCUGCCCAAAAUCUCGUGGACACGCUAAUGAAGCUCGGACACCACGAGGAAGCGUUGCCGUUGUUACUUGAAACUAUACCCAAGUCCCAGCGAGUGCUCGGAAAAGAUCAUGAGCAAACGUUCAAGUUACAGAGGAUGCAUGCACAGAUCCUUAUCGGCAAAGACUGCGCCUCCCUCGACGACCUUAGUCUGGUGGUCGCAACGCUCGAGGACCUGGAUCGGCGGCAGCGCCGGACCCAGGGACCUGACCACCCUCAGCGGAAGAUGACGCAAGUCUGCUUAGAUUUCGCCCGGAAACGAGCCUUGCUCGCCCGGAAACGAGCCUUGGUCCGCGCAUUGUAA